AUGUCGUCGUCGAACAAGACUCCUCCUACGCCAGUCGGAGAGGGCGACUCCUUUCUCGUGCUCGACUUUCUUCCCCCGGAUCUGGCCGAUGCCGUCUUUGAGCAACUGCGCGGAGAGGUACAAUGGAAUCUCAGCGCAGGUGGUCCGGUCCCGAGGCUGGUCGCAGUAGAGGGCGAAAUCAACCCGGACGGAACGUGCGUCUCAGCUCGCCUCUCGUCCAUUCCUGCCUUUCACAGGCCCACAUUGUGCACCCCUCCUCUCAGCUAUCCCAUCUACCGCCACCCCGCAGACGAGUCGCCCCCGCUGCUCCCCUUCUCGCCCACCGUCGCGCGCAUCCGGCGCCACGUGCAGGACGCGCUGCAGCAGCCCGUCAACCACGUGCUCAUCCAGCACUACCGCUCCGGCGCGGACUACAUCUCGGAGCACUCGGACAAGACCGUCGACGUCGUGCGCGGCUCGCGCAUCGUGAACGUGAGCGUCGGCGCGCAGCGCGUGAUGACGCUUCGCACAAAGAAAGAUGCCCAGCGUACCCCCGGCGAUGCGCGCGCGGUGCAGCGCGUGCUGCUCCCGCACAACUCGAUGUUCGUCCUGGGCCCCGCGACGAACAUGCGAUGGCUGCACGGGAUCCGCGCAGACAAGCGGCCGCAACACGAAAAGGCGGGCGCAGAGUGUCGCGCGGGCGGGGAGCGCAUCAGCCUGACGUUCCGCCAUAUCGGUACGUUCUUGACACCCGGGGAGGGGUACAUUUACGGGCAGGGCGCAAAGAGCAAGACGCGCGACGCGGCACGGCCCGUGGUGCGGGGCGGGCCUGAGGCAGAGGAGCUGCUCGCCGCGUUUGGGGCGGAGAACCAUGCGAGUGAGUUUGACUGGGAGGUAGCAUACGGCGAGGGGUCGGACGUCCUGCACUUCUCCGUUUUUAAUUCUGGCGAUUGA